GGAGUGUGACUCAAUCAGUCAGCUGAUAAAGUUCAUGCACAAAGACAACAGAACAGACGACACAGAAAAGCUAGACCUAACAUUAUUGUAUGUGUGUAAAUGUGUAUUCGCACCCAAGCCCAACGUGCUGUGAUGCAUGCACUGAAUAACUCAAGUUAAAUAAUCGGUAACGGGGCAAAGAAAGAAACGGGGGCGUGCUAACUGCGAGCAUUUAUUCGAAAGUGAUACUGCCGAUCAGAAGUAGCCUAUAAAGCGGAGUGGAAAUUAUACAGUGCAGUUUCAUACCACUUCUUUAAAGGCAUAAGCUGCAAAAUAAUCCUCCGUUGAAACUGUUAUGUUAAGAAGCACCUCGGGAGAUCUGAUUAACUAUUGCAACAUAAUUUUGUCAUUCUCGUGUUCGGUGAAUAAAAAGGCAUUAAUGUCUCGCAGACUGCACGCACGCAGACUUGAUGGAAUCGACAAAAAUAUAUGGGUUGAGUUCACUCAGCUUGCGGCUGAUUAUAAAGCCGUGAACCUGGGCCAAGGAUUUCCAGAUUUCUCCCCUCCUACUUUCAUUCAGGAGGCUUUCUGUAAAGCCGUGAGCGGGAGCUGUCCCAUGCAUCAGUACACGCGAGCCUUUGGCCAUCCACCACUGGUGAAAAACCUUGCCAAAUUCUUUGGAAGAGUUAUGGACAGACCAGUGGACCCUCUUGAAGAUAUUUUGGUGACAGUGGGAGCCUAUCAGGCUCUCUUUUGCACUUUUCAGGCUUUGGUUGAUGAAGGGGAUGAGGUUAUUAUCAUUGAGCCAUUUUUUGACUGCUAUCAGCCAAUGGUGAAAAUGGCAGGAGGGAGAGCCGUGUAUGUGCCUCUGAGACCUAGAGCAGAUAGCGGCCAGGCACUGUCCAGUGCUGAUUGGGUCUUAUCCCCAGAGGAGCUUGCUAGUAAAUUCAACCCCCGCACCAAAGCCAUCAUGAUCAAUACACCUAACAAUCCACUAGGAAAGGUGUAUAAGAGAGAAGAGCUGCAGGUUAUUGCAGACCUCUGUGUGAAGCAUGAUGUGAUCUGCAUCAGUGAUGAGGUUUAUGAAUGGCUAACCUAUGAUGGAAACAAGCAUGUAAAGAUAGCCAGUCUUCCUGGAAUGUGGGAACGAACUGUCACCAUAGGCAGUGGAGGAAAGACCUUCAGUGCCACUGGAUGGAAGGUGGGUUGGGCUAUGGGAUCAGGGCAAAUCAUAAAACAUCUGAAGACUGUCCAUCAAAAUUCUGUUUAUCACUGUGCAACAGCUGCACAGGAGGCAGUGGCAGUGGGCUUUGAGAGGGAGUAUGACUGUUUUGGCAAAGAGGAGAGUUACUUUCUCCAGCUUCCCGCUUUGCUCCACCAUAAGCGCCUGAGGCUAGCACAGUGUUUGCAGAGCGUGGGACUGCAACCAAUUCUGCCCCAGGGAGGAUACUUCAUGAUCACAGACGUCUCCACUCUCAAGGUUGACCUGAAUGACCCCAGCACAGAGGGGGAGCUUUAUGACUACCGAUUUGUAAAGUGGCUUAUUAAAGAGAAGGGUUUAGCUACAAUUCCUGUCUCGGCCUUCUACAGUCCUGAACAUCAGCAAGAUUUCCAGAACUACAUCAGGUUUUGCUUUGUCAAGGAGGAUUCAACAUUGAAAUCAGCUGAGGAUAUUCUUCUGCAGUGGAGCAAAAGGAAAUGAUUCUCAACCACGGAACUUUGAGAGAAAAAUGCAGCCAAUUAGAAGUUGUGGUGUAGCCAAAUAUUUUACUCGGUUUAUUUUGUUUUUGCGCCAGUCUUAUCUUGAUGUCUUUGUUAUCUUUGUGGUUUUUUCCCUCCUCAGACUGCUUUGGCCAGAUUGCCUUAUGAUAGUUCAAGGCAGGUCAUAUCUAAACACAGCCCACCACAGAGUUCUCUCUGUGGAGCUUUAACCUCACAGCAGGCAUCCUCCUGACUGAAGAAAUAUGUUGUAUUCAGAUUUCCCUGCUAUCCUGGUAACUGUGAAAUUCUAUAGUUUGUUAGUGUGCAAACACUUUAGUUUUGAUUUUGUGCAUUUCCAUUUGACUGCAAUGUUACAAAAAUAUGGUGGUUGAUUUGGUGGAUCAGAGUAUCUCCUUAAUCAGUUGAAUGCACACUCCCCUGAAUUGCAGGGGGUUUUAAAUGAAAAUUCAUACAUGUAUGAUUUGUAUGUACAGAAAGAUAUAAAAAUCGACUUGUUA